AUGACAGACUGUGAAGGUUGCACUUCAGAAGAGUCUGUUGAUUAUGUGCUUGAUAUUAUCGCUGAGGUAUCUUUUUGUAUUUUUCUGCCGGGGGUGGGCCAGAUUGGGAAGGGCGGUACGAGGGUGAGACUUGGCAUUGGUGUUUUGGAACAUCAAAGAUGGACAGGGUUUUCGCGGAGAUCGCUUCUCGGAUAUCUCCACAACUACAGAUCGGGGAUCUUCCAAAAUCGAGAAGAUUGGUGCAUAUGGCUAGGUCUCUUCACCUUACAAUUUGUAUGGCACUUUGGCCCGGGGUUGUGGUGUGGUAGGGGAGAAUGGGGGAUAAUCCCACACAGGAGUUUCGAACAACGUCCGGUUCACAUUUGGCUGGAUAACUCCACCACCACACAGGGUAUGCGGUCGGCGAUGGGGUCAGAAUGCUCGUAUGAUCAAGGGCUUUUCGAUGGAUCUAUCGGCGGGUUCUUAUUCGAAAAAUCGAGCGAGUUCGUGGUGGAGCGGUUGACUUGUCUGCUUGAAGACAUGACUUUCAUACUGUGAAUUCUGAUAAGUCAGAAUGACACAGUCUUCACUAAGAAUCUGAUUAUAAUAAAGACAUUAACACUGUCAUUUGUAAGCUCUAGUCUAUAAGAUAAUGAAUUUCUACUGAGAUGAACAGUCUGCAGUGUAUAUAAGAGAAGAAGAAAUCAUACUCUUAUUAAAGUUAAAAAACAAGAAAACAAACAGAACUGUGAACACAAUUUAGAGACUAAUAAAGAAAAAACAAAGAAAAC